UCAGGUGCCCAAACAGAAUUUACGCGUUCGACCCCAACAUUUCUCUCCCAAACCCCAAAUCGAACCCUAAACGCACUCAUUUACUGGUUCUGUAAGCGGGAAAUUGGAAGGAGAAGCAAUGGAUGCGUUGAGGAAACAGCUGGAUGUACUGAUGGGAGCGAAUCGCAACGGCGAUUCUCAGGAAAUCACGCGAAAAUACUACGACCGUGACGUUUGCCGUCUCUUCCUCGCCGGCGUUUGCCCCCACGAGCUUUUCCAACUCACUAAAAUGGACAAGGGACCGUGCCCCAAGGUGCACUCGUUGCAGCUGAGAAAAGAAUAUAAAGAAGCAAAAGAAAAGGGUCUUGAUAAUUAUGAUAGGGAAUUAGAGGAUAACAUAGAUAGACUUAUUGUUGAGUGUGAUCGUAAAAUUGAAAGGGCUCUGAAGAGGCUGGAUGAAGAUGAUGCGAAAGCAGCUAUCGCGAUUUCUGUAACUGAAGUUACCCAGACACCGGAAACUAUUGAGCUGUCGAAGCAAAUUAAAGAGAAAUUAAAAGAAGCUGAUCAAUUUGAUUUUGAAGGAAAUACAGACAUGAAGAUUCGAACUCUGGAAGAGGUGGAUGAACUAAGGACCAAAAGAGCAGACAAACAGUCGACGCUUCUUUUGGAUGCUUUCAACAAAGAUCGUGCAUCUCUUCCUCAGCCCCUGACAAGUGCUCCUCAAGCGGCACCAGGGCCAGCAGCUCUCCCAGAUCCUUUCAUUCAACAAAUGAUAAACGAGAAGCUAAAGAAAGCCGAAGAUCUUGGUGAACAAGGAAUGAUAGAUGAAGCACAGAAAGCACUGGAAGAGGCUGAAGCACUCAAAAAGCUGCCAGCACGACAGGAACCUAUGCUGGAUUCCUCAAAGUACACAGCUGCUGAUGUGCGCAUUACUGAUCAGAAGCUUCGUGUCUGUGACAUUUGUGGAGCAUUCUUGAGUGUUUAUGACAGUGAUCGCCGUUUAGCAGAUCAUUUUGGUGGAAAACUCCAUUUAGGGUACAUUCUAAUCAGGGAAAAGCUAGCUGAUCUUCAGGAAGAGAAAGACCAGAAACGUAAAGCCCAUGAAGAAGUGAGAAGGUCGAAGGAUCGGAGAAGCCAGGACCGUGAAAGAGAAUCUAGCAGGGACAUGGAUAAAGGUGAUAGCCGUGAUCGUGGAAGAGAUAAUGAUCAUAGGAUCAGAGAUCGUGAUAGGCAUUAUGACCGCGGUAACGACCGUGACCGUGAGAGAGGGAGAGACAAUUCUCGCAACUAUGACUCAAGGGCCCACAGAAGAUCCCGUUCGAGGUCAAAAGACCGCUCGAGAGAUUAUGAUCGCCACAGGCGUUACGACCGAUACUAGUCGGCUGAAUCAACAUCGAGUGAGGAUGGAUCUGCAGUUGUUUGUAUUUUCUGUUUGGCUACGCUCUAUUCUAAAUAUAUAAAUUCUAAAAUUCAGACAUGAGCUGUAUUUAGGCUAGUUUUUCUUACGACUGUAAGCAUGAUGAUUGUUGCUUAACUUUAUUUGCUCGAUUCGCACAACUCUAACUCUAUUAUUAUUCAUGUAAUAUUUGGCGCAAUAUUUUUAAUUUUAUGUAGCUAUUCAUUUGAAACACA